GAAAAAGCCGAGAGAGGGGAUGACAAACAACAGCGACGCUCUCAUCAUCUGUUUCCAAAUAGUGCAGCAACUUCAGUGCUUCUCUCUCGCUCUUGCUCCUGUCGUUAUUGUUAUUCCGGAGUAGUUAGAGAGUAGGCUUUCUCGGUGUGUUUCUCUGUGUUUUAUCGCAUCGCCAAGAACAUGGCUGUCAAGGAAAAACAGAGCGACUCCGCCGAGGAGAUCGAGUGGAACGUUGAGAACGAGAUACAGUUGUUCUUCGCCAUGAACGGCCACAAGCCAGUCGGUGUAAAUAAGUACUUUCACAUGGUAUGCAUUUGGGAGAAAUUUCGGGCAGCGAUACAUAAAGAUGUGUCCUUGAAGGCCAUUUGGGAUCAUCUCAAGUCGAUGUACGAUCUAAUGGCUUUGGACGACAUGGAAGAUGUGCCUUUUCCAAGUAACGAGACAGAUUUUUCAUUACCAGAGAGUGAAUUUUCAGAACUCAUGAAAUCGCGUAAGAAGGAAGAGGCUGAAGCAAAGCCAAAAGAAUCAAAAGAAAAGGUUAAAGAAGUCAAAAAAGAUAAAGAUGCAAAAGAAGUGGGGAAAAAAGAAAUCGUUCUUCGUGAUACUAAGGCUGUUAAAGAAGUGGAGAGAAAGAAGGAGGAAGUCAAGAAAGUUGUUAAAGAGCCCGAGGUGAAAAAGGAUAACAAACAGCGCGAGGCAAAGGAAGUGAAAAAGGAACAGAAAGCUACCAAAGGACGUCUUAAAGGAAAAGAGGAACCAGAGGAUGCUGGACCACCAGUCAAGAAAGAGCGCAAGGAUUCCGAGUCAAGUCGAGAAAGUUUAAAGAGAGCACCAAAGAGACCUACGAGACAGAGCAUUGAUAGCAGUUCAAAGGCUUCAUCGAGUCCAAGAGAUACUCCGCCUCCAAAACGUAGAAGAAUAUAACCUUUCUUUUUUGAUAUACAUUAAAUUUCUAUAUUGCAUUAUUUAAUUUCGUUCCUAUAGUUCUCAAAUACAUUUCUUUAAAAAAAAAGAAAAAAGUUAAUGCGCUGUUACUAUUACUGUGAAUACUAUCAUUACAUACCUUCAUCCUAAAAAUGUAAGUUACAUUGUAAAUAAAUUACCAUGAUUUUUC